CCUUCCAGAGGCUGGGCCUGGACCAGAGCACUACUGGGUCUCUGUGCAGAGGAGAUCCAUGUGUGUGGGGAACCUGCAGCCAUUCACUUUAUCAGAGAGCUGAUGUUCACCACUGGAGAGGAGGUGGAGGUCAACACCUACAAGCGUUUAACUCCAUUUGAAAUCUUGGAUCAUGCGGUGGAGUCAUUAAACAACUUGAGACCAGGAGACUGCAUUGUCUGCUUCAGUAAAAAUGACAUCUACUCCAUAAGCAGACAGAUUGAGGCCAGAGGACUGGAAUGUGCUGUCAUUUAUGGGAGCUUACCUCCAGGCACCAAGCUGUCACAAGCCAAGAAGUUCAAUGACCCUGAUGACCCCUGCAAGAUACUAGUUGCUACAGAUGCUAUUGGCAUGGGCCUUAACCUGAGCAUAAGACGUAUCAUCUUCAACAGUCUAAUAAAGCCUAAUGUAAACGAGAAAGGAGAGAAACAGAUGGACACCAUCAGCUCGUCACAAGCUCUGCAGAUAGCUGGACGCGCAGGGAGAUUCGCCUCCAUAUAUCAAGAGGGACAAGUUACCACCAUGCACAGAGACGACCUGCCUGUUCUGAAAGAGAUCCUCAGCCGCCCUGUAGAGCCCAUACAGACUGCAGGUCUGCAUCCUACAGCAGAGCAGAUAGAAAUGUUUGCGUAUCAUCUGCCUGAUGCUACCCUGUCCAACCUUGUUGACAUUUUUGUCAGCCUGUCUCAGGUGGACGGCAUGUAUUUUGUCUGCAACAUUGACGACUUCAAGUUCCUGGCUGAUAUGAUUCAGCACAUCCCACUCAACCUGAGGUCACGCUACGUCUUCUGCACUGCUCCCAUCAACAAGAAACAACCUUUUGUAUGCACCUCCUUCCUAAAGUUUGCCCGUCAGUUCAGUCGGGACGAGCCGCUGACGUACAACUGGGUCUCUCGCCACGUCAGCUGGCCUCUGUCUGCACCCAAAAACAUAAAAGACCUCAUUCACCUGGAAGCUGUUCACGAUGUGUUCGAUCUGUACCUCUGGUUAAGCUACCGUUUCAUGGACAUGUUCCCAGACACGGCAAUGAUUCGGGAAUCCCAGCAGGAGCUUGAUGACAUCAUAAAACAGGGCGUCCGAAACAUCACCCUUCUCAUCCGAGCCACCACCUCCAUCACCGCCCCCCCGGGCAGCAGGCGGGGACAAAAGGGUGCUAUUAGUGGAAGUGCCAGCGCUGCUAAUGUGACCAAUGUGACCAAUAAAAGAGCUGAAAGAGGCCCUGUGGAAGAACUGAUGGAAAGCUCUCUGGCUGGUCGUCUGGUGAGAGACGGGCUGUUGACUCCUGAUUUGAUCCGGCAGCUGCAGAGGGAGUGGUCAAAAAAUCAAAAGCAGGAAGUCCCCAAUCAGAGCGCGCUCGAUAAAGAUCACAGAGAUAACACCAGGGUGAAAAAUAAAAGGAAGAAGUAGUGAAGAAAACAGACGGGAUCCUUGCUGCUCCUAUGGAAAGGGAUAAUUGAUACGAGCCUUUAAUAAUAUCUGGAGGUUUGAUUCAAAUAAAUCAUGUUUUUCUGCCCUGGAGGUAUCAUUCAAGCUAUUAAACAUAAACAUGUAGCUUGACAAGACCAGUGUUCAUUCAUAGUAAUUUGGUAUGGACUCCAGAUUAAUGGGUAAUUACAUGUUUUGCUUACAUUUACCCAUAUAAAAGCUGUCAUUGUAUUCUCCCUUUUCACUGGGAGAUUAAAAUACAUCACAGUGGAAGAUCAUUCAAAAGUGUCGAAUUACCCAACAACAAACUUUACUGACAUUUUACAUUUCAAUAUUUGGAUUUAGCGAAGAAACGUACCUGUUGUCACGCAUUAAUGUGGGAGAUGUGAUGUCCUGCCUGAGCUAUCGGCCCACAACUAGAAGCUGACAACAUUGUUUACCACAAUGUUUUAAUGGAGAGUCACUUGGUGUCGUAAUGCUCUUUGAGAAGCAUUGUGACCAAGAAACAUUUUAACAUGCACUGUGUGUAUGAGUGUGUGUUGUGCAGGUCUGCAAAACGUUACUUUUGAUUUCGAUCUGUAAACUCAAAUGUGAACCCUCGGAACGGCGUGAUUAUGUAUGCAACCUAAUUGAGCGGUGAAACUAAUCUGAAAUAAAUGUAUAUUGAGUGCAGCCCUGUAAGUGUCCAUAUACAGAUAAAAUGCAAUAUUUUUUUCUUGUUUGUAUAUUUAAGAUGAAAAUAUUAGUCAAUUAAAAAUGUACUGUUUUAACGGUCUUGAUUUCA